AUGGUGAGCAACCACACCACAGUGACUUACUUCAUCCUCUUGGGACUGACAAAUCGUCCAGAACUACAGCCCCUGCUCUUUGUGAUGACCCUACUGAUCUACGUUGUCACCCUCGUGGGCAACCUCAGCAUGAUUGGCUUGAUCGCCAUUGACUUCCAGCUGCAAACGCCCAUGUAUUUCUUCCUUGUGAAUUUGUCAGUUGUGGAUCUCUGUUAUUCCUCAGUUUUUGCCCCAAGGAUGCUGGUAAACUUCCUGGUGGAGAACAAGACUAUUUCUUACUCAGCGUGCGUUGCCCAGCAUUUCUCCUUUGUCGUGUUUGUGACCACGGAGGGGUUCCUGCUGGCCGUCAUGGCUUACGACCGCUACCUGGCCAUCUGCAGCCCACUGCUUUACACCGCCCUUAUGCCCAGGAAGGUCUGCAUUUGGCUGGUGGCUGGGUCCUACCUAGGGGGACUCCUUAACUCCUUAGUACACACUUGUGGCUUACUGCAAUUGUCGUUCUGCGGCCCUAAUGCCAUCAACCACUACUUCUGCGACACGAACCCACUGCUGCAACUAGCGUGCUCUGACAGGCACAUCAACGAGGUGCUGCUCGUGACCCUCUCGGGGCUCAUAGCUAUGUCAACUCUUCUGUUUGUCAUCGCCUCCUACCUCUCCAUCCUCCUCUCGAUGCUGAGCAUGAGCUCCACAAGCAGGCACAAAGUCUUCUCCACCUGUGCCUCCCACCUGACGGCCGUCACCCUCUUCUAUGGGCCCGUGAGCUUGAGCCACGUGCAGCCCAGUUCAAAAUACUCACUGGAACGGGAGAAAAUCUCUGCAGUGUUUUACACCCUGGUCGUUCCCAUGCUGAACCCCCUGAUCUACAGCCUCAGGAACAAGGAGGUGAAAAACGCCCUCAGAAGGGUGAUGGGGAGGAAGAAAUGCCGUUCACUGACUUGCCUGUCAGAGUAA